GCAGGCGCGUCAGCCGAGCUCGGGGCGGCGCGGGCGGCGGGGACGCAGCUGCCCCCGCUCUGCGCCCGCUGCACCCCCAGCGGCCACCGCCGUCUGGGCCCCGAGCAGCUGCCUCCUCGCCUGGAGGCUGCGGGCGGGGGCGCCUCGGGAUCGAUCUCCUGAAAUUUAACUUUUCAAGAUGAAGUUUUUAUUGGCGAUUGCCUUUUUUAUUUUAAUUUCCUUGUGGGUUGAAGAAGUCUAUUCUAAAGAGAAGUCUUCAAAGAAAGGGAAGGGGAAAAAGAAGCAGUAUCUAUGCCCAUCCCAGCAGUCAGCAGAGGACCUUGCCCGAGUACCUGCCAACUCCACUAGCAAUAUCUUGAAUAGGCUAUUGGUCAGUUAUGAUCCCAGGAUAAGACCAAAUUUUAAAGGCAUUCCUGUUGAUGUAGUAGUCAACAUUUUUAUCAACAGUUUUGGAUCCAUUCAAGAGACAACGAUGGACUACAGAGUUAACAUCUUCCUGAGACAAAAAUGGAAUGAUCCCAGGCUGAAGCUCCCUAGUGAUUUUCGGGGCUCAGAUGCACUGACGGUAGAUCCCACAAUGUACAAGUGUCUCUGGAAACCUGAUUUAUUUUUCGCAAAUGAAAAAAGUGCCAAUUUUCAUGAUGUCACCCAGGAAAAUAUCCUCCUCUUUAUUUUUCGUGAUGGAGAUGUCCUUGUCAGCAUGAGGUUAUCUAUUACUCUUUCAUGCCCUUUGGAUUUGACAUUGUUUCCCAUGGAUACACAACGUUGCAAGAUGCAACUUGAGAGCUUUGGUUACACAACUGAUGAUUUACGAUUUAUCUGGCAGUCAGGGGAUCCUGUUCAAUUAGAAAAAAUUGCUUUGCCUCAAUUUGAUAUUAAAAAGGAGGAUAUCGAAUAUGGUAACUGUACAAAAUACUACAAAGGCACCGGGUACUACACCUGUGUGGAAGUCAUCUUCACCCUAAGGAGACAGGUCGGGUUUUACAUGAUGGGUGUUUAUGCCCCGACCCUGCUGAUUGUGGUUCUCUCCUGGCUUUCCUUCUGGAUCAAUCCGGAUGCAAGUGCCGCCAGAGUGCCCCUGGGUAUCUUCUCAGUCCUCAGCUUGGCCUCUGAAUGCACAACCCUUGCUGCUGAACUUCCCAAAGUAUCCUACGUGAAGGCUCUUGAUGUAUGGCUCAUUGCUUGUCUUCUCUUUGGGUUUGCUUCACUGGUGGAGUACGCUGUUGUCCAGGUGAUGUUGAAUAACCCCAAACGAGUUGAAGCAGAAAAAGCCAGAAUUGCUAAGGCUGAGCAAGCAGAUGGGAAAGGUGGAAAUGCAGCUAAAAAGAAUACCAUGAAUGGUACAGGGACUCCUGUGCACAUUAGCACUUUGCAGGUUGGAGAGACCAGGUGCAAAAAGGUUUGUACUUCUAAGUCUGAUCUGAGAUCUAAUGACUUCAGCAUUGUUGGAAGCUUACCAAGAGAUUUUGAAUUAUCCAACUACGACUGCUAUGGAAAACCUAUCGAAGUCAACAAUGCACUUGGGAAAUCUCAGGCAAAGAACAACAAGAAGCCACCCCCCGCCAAGCCUGUUAUUCCAACAGCAGCAAAACGAAUUGAUCUUUAUGCAAGAGCUUUGUUUCCUUUCUGCUUCUUGUUCUUCAAUGUUAUAUAUUGGUCUAUAUAUUUAUGAUACAUCUUUUCCAUUUGUAUGAAAUAAAAUCCCAUUUCAUUGUGACUGACCUCAUUGAUAAAUGCCAAUCUGUGAAAAUUUUUGCAUUUUCAUAGCAAUAUAUUGCAUUUUGGAUGCCAUUUGAUUGUAAUAAAAAUGUGGCACCUUAAUUUUGAAUGGCAGCAUGAUCCUGUAAUGUCUGUGCUCUAAUAAUGAUGUAUAUAUGUAUAGCAAACAUAUGCUUUAGGAAUAAGUGAAGGAUAAGCAUACUACAUAAUAUAAAUCCAAACAAUUCUUUUCAGUUAGUGCAAAUUGUAGAUACUUCAGAUAAUAAAAUGAUGUGCACGCCAAAUCCUGUUAUGGUCACGAUUCUAAUGGAUGUAGUAUUUGAAAUCUCCUUCCUUGUAACUUUCAGAAAAAGCCAUCUUAUUCUUGUAUAAUUUUAGAUUAUAUUGUCACAGAUUAAGCAAAAUUAUAUUACGUAUUGUUUAAGCUUUGUAAGUAGAAAUAUACCAGUUAUAAUUAUGUGGGCUCUGUGGAGAAAUAAAGUU